GCGCGCUCACACACUGUCAGAUUAGCGGCGAUAAAUCACGGAUGUAAACCGUCUGAUCACUGAAGUUUAUCAGACACCGGACAGGUCCGACCCACGGACAACCAACAUGAGCGAGAGGUUUCUGGUCGUGCCGGUGGCGCACGCCGGCGAGAGCGCGUUUGGAGACGCACCGGAUGGAGACUCUGUGUUUGACGCCGGUGCCGGUGAGGAGCGGCGGGGAUCGGUGCCCAUCCUCCGGUACAACAGAGAACCCAACAAAUACGGUGAUGGAAACCCGAGGGAAAGCAGCCCCUUCAUCAAUAACACAGAUGAUGAUAAGGGAACUCUGUAUGAUGGGAAAAACAUGGCACUUUUUGAGGUAUCUUCAAACUUCCCUCUCUUUCUCUCUUGUGAUGGAAACCCGAGGGAAAGCAGCCCCUUCAUCAAUAACACAGAUGAUGAUAAGGGAACUCUGUAUGAUGGGAAAAACAUGGCACUUUUUGAGGAGGAGAUGGACAGCAAUCCCAUGGUGUCAUCGCUGCUCAGCAAACUGGCCAACUACACGAACCUCACACAGGGCGUCAGGGAACACGAGGAGGCCGACGAGGAUGAAGGUGCCAAGAAGCAGACAGUCAAGAGUCCACAGAUGGGGACGUUCAUCGGGGUCUACCUGCCCUGCCUGCAGAACAUCCUGGGAGUGAUUCUCUUCCUGCGAAUGACGUGGAUCGUGGGAACGGCGGGAAUCCUGGAGUCCUUUAUCAUUGUGUCCAUGUGCUGCUCGUGUACAAUGUUGACAGCCAUAUCAAUGAGUGCCAUUGCUACAAACGGUGUUGUUCCAGCUGGAGGCUCGUACUACAUGAUCUCUCGCUCUCUGGGCCCGGAGUUCGGAGGCGCUGUGGGUCUGUGUUUCUAUCUGGGCACCACAUUCGCCGGUGCCAUGUACAUCCUCGGGACUAUCGAGAUCCUCUUGGUGAGUGUUGUGUGUGCAGUUAAAG